AUGACUUAUGCACAUAUCGGCGCAGCCAAGGCUUUCCUGGAGCGGGUUGCGCCGGUUCUGUCAGCACCCGACAGGGGGCGCAACGGCGGCUGCAACGGCGCCGAGCCGCCGCUGCUGGCGGCCACUUUAGGCAGCCUGGCUGACGUGGCGCAGGAGUGCCUGUCCCAGGUGGAUGCCUCAAAUAGCGGUGGUGGGGAGGGAGCCAAAGCAGGCGUGAGGAUCGCUGCCGUGGUGGCCCUACUCAUCUCGAUGGGCGCUGAGCUGGCGCCAGGUCAGCACAGCAUCAUCGCUUCCGCACACCGUGGCACAGCCGCCGCCCCAGACGGCCCCUCAGAGACAGCGGGCGAUGAUGACUUUGAUGAUUUUGAAGAGGCAGCCGAGGAGCUUCACCCCAUAGCAGACAAGUCAGAGUCAGCACAGGAGGCAGAAGCUGAUGUAGAUCCAGCGUCUCUGCAGAGUUCCGCUGCACCAGAAGAGGUGGCAGGGGCAGAGAGUGGAAAGUUGCCUGGCGAGAAUGCAGAAGGCGGUACAUUAGCCGGGGAUGCAGCUAGUGAGCAGGAUGCAGCUAGUGGGGAGGCAUCAGGGCAGAGGAGAACUCCGGAUGUGGAGAGGAUACAGCAGCAAAAUGGGACGGCGGGCAGCAGUGGAAAUGCAGGCACAUCCGGCGCCGAUGGCAGGAGAGCCUCCAUUGACUUGGCGGCCCGGGAGCGCUGCCUGAAGGUGCUCGAAGCUUGCUGCAGCUGCAGCGCGCAGCCUUCACUGCAGGCGGCGGCGCUGCAGGCGGUGAGGGGGGCGCUGCAGAGGAGCCAGGCCGGCGGCGGUGCCUCCUCUGCACAGAUGGGAACGCCCCAGGCCGGCUGGGCCUGGGACUGUGCUGCGCGCGCUCUGCCGGCAGCCGCCGCAGACGUGCAUGCGCUCAUGCGCGGAGGGGACGCCGCCGGACUCGGCGCCGGCGAAGUGCAGAAAGGGAAUAACUUCGCUGAAACCGCUGCCCAGGUUGUGGCUGAGACUCUGAAGCUGUCAGUUGCUGCGCUGCCGGCAGCUGGAGACCGGGCAGGGGCGCUGAUGAGCACCCUCCUCAUCUUGCUUGUCGAGGUGGCGUCGCCUGAGGGAGCGCCAAAUUUGGCGCUGCGUGACCUGGCGGUCAAGUUAGUCACGCUGGUGGCGUCGGGGCCGUCUGCAGCGGCGUUCCAGGCCACCGCAGCAGUCAAGGCGUCUGCCGCGCCUGCGCCACGGUCAGCCGCUGUGGCCAACGGGAGCAGGGUGCCAAUCGGCGCGCCGCCGGCCAUAACACUGCAGAACUUUGCGCUCAGGAGCUGA